AUGAAGCUGCUCUUGCACCCGCCGCGGGCUUUGCGGGUUGCGUCUCGGACUGCGGUUCAAUGGACGGGUAAAGAAGCGCCACAUGUACUGUCUACAUACUCUGCUCUCUGUCUUAACCCGCUGCUGCCGCAACAAUGGCGCGCACGCCGGACAGUCUCAAAUACGACCACCGCAACCGCAACCGCAACCUCUCCAGAUAAGCCCACGGAAAUCCAGAUUGCAUCGCAUGGCCAGCAGCAGCAGCAGCAGCAGCAGCAGUCUCUUCAACUGACAAACCAAGUCCGCCUCCUCAUGCGCCGAAUUCCCUACCCCGUUGCCAUCAUCACAUCAACCGACCCUACCCACCCCCCAGGCCCAACGACAAGCAAGUGCGCCUUUCGUGGAAUGACCGUCUCCUCUUUCAACACCGUAACUCUCACCCCGGAGCCCGUGAUCUCAUUCAACGUCCGCAGACCAUCCGAAACCCUGAAUGCGCUGUUCGCAUCGGAGAGGUUCCUGGUCCAUUUGCUCGCACCGCGGAAGGAAACGGCAGCGUUGGCAAGGGAUUUCUCCAGGGGGAAUCAGCAUCUUGCGCUCUUGAACGCAGGCGAGGGGGGUAGUGAGUUUGAGUUUUGCUCGUAUUUCUCUCCCGCGCCUCAUCGAACGUCACCGGCUGGUUCGGCUUCUACGACUACUGGCGAUGAUGGUGACGGUGACGGUGGCGGUGACGGUGACGGUUCAGGCCCUCUUCUUCCACUCCCGCUACUUCAGAAGAAGAAAUCGACAUCGACAUCGACAUCGAAAUCUAACAGAGAUCGCCCUGCGGAGCCCCAAACCGGGGAAUCCGAAUCCGAACCCGAGUUCUUUCCUUUCGUUUUCGAAUGCCGGCUGCAUCCAGCACGCGUAGACGUACACGACCACACCAUUGUCGUGGGGACCGUCGUCCGUGCGCUGGAGGGUAGUGACUUCUCCUCCUCUCCGCAGAGCGGAGAUACCUCCCCGACGGAUUUAUGUCUAACAUACGCAAAUACCCGAUUUUGGGAGAUGGGCCACGAGAUAAUAAAUAAUUAG